GUGCACGCCCCGCGGCGGAGGCGCCGCCGCUGACCCCUCCCUGUCCCCCCCCAGGACUUCUCCCCCGCGUCCCGGCGGCACCGCACCGUGGAGGACUUCAACAAGUUCUGCACCUUCGUCCUGGCUUACGCCGGCUACAUCCCGUACCCGCAGGAGGAAACGCCGCUGAGGAACAGCCCCAGCCCUCCCAACAGCACCGGAGGCACGAUUGACAGCGAUAGUUGGGAUCCCCGGUUCAACGACGUCCCCUCUUCUGUUUCCCUUCCUGCCAAGAACAGAAAGAACUUCAGUCAGCUGAAGCGAGCCAAACCCUAUGGUUCCCUAUUCCAGCGGGCAAAGCCUGGCAGCUUCCUGCCAGAGCGAAAGCAAGUUGACAAGAUCAGGAAGAAGAAAAAGCUGAAGAGAAGGGAAAUGGAGGUGUCUGCAGAGGAAGAGUACGAGGAAAAGCUGCUGGAGCUGGAGGCAGAGGACUCUUUUGUAGAGACGCCGAUGAGCCCCUCGUCUGAGGGUGACCCUCAGUCUGUGACCGAGCACAGCUCGGUGUGGGACUCUGACACGCCUUCCAGCGUCUCCUACCCUGCCGUGACGGCCGAGCAGACAGUGGAGAUACAGAGCGUGGGCAAGCGAACGGUCAUUCGUCAGGGCAAGCAGGUCGUCUUUCGGGAUGAGGACGGCACUGGUGAUGACGAGGACAUCAUGGUGGAUUCAGAUGAUGAUUCGUGGGACCUAGUCACUUGCUUCUGCAUGAAACCUUUUGCUGGGCGGCCAAUGAUUGAGUGUAACGAGUGCCAUACCUGGAUCCACCUCUCCUGCGCCAAGAUCCGCAAGUCGAAUGUCCCAGAGGUCUACAUAUGCCAGAAGUGCCGGGACUCCAAGUUUGACAUUCGCCGCUCAAACCGUUCCCGGACGGGCUCGCGCAGGCGCUUUCUGGACUAGGCAAGGGACGUGCGCUGGUGCGCUGCUUGGGCAGGCAGGUGAGCCGUGCAAAGCACAGGUGCCGGCCGGGAGCUGGAGAGAGUUCCCCUGAACUGCUGCUGCUCAGGCCCAAGGGCCGCCCAGCCUGCCUGUGGCACCAGGGCUGAGGUCUCACAAAGCUGUGGACGGCCGGGGCUGGAAGAAGCAGACUGGUCAGAACUGCUGCUAUGUACCGAUUAGCUCAAGGGACAGAUGAAGCUCUCUGGGUUCAGUGGGGUUUUGUCCAGUUACAACUAUAGGUUGGAUGAUGUUUUGGGAAUGUAUAAUACCCUUGCCACGUAUUUUUUCUCAUCCCUUUGGGAAACUGCAAAAACUGUGCUAGGAAACUCAUCCUCUGAACAGGGAGGAAGAGGAAGAGGGAAUCUGUGUGAAGAGUCUGAAAAGUAAAUGGCCAUGUGUUUUAAUUUUAAUGUAAUGUUAUACCUGCCCAUUUGUCCGUAUAUAUCGAUCUCAGAUAUUCUAAGGCUCCGGAGGAGUGAGUGAAUGCAUACCGGCCUCUGUGUGAUCUGCCUCCUCUUCCGUGGGCCCGGGCAGGAGGUGAGUUCUGUGAUUUGGCAUUGUUUGAGUAAGGAUGGGACUUCCUCCUGCUCUGAGGGACUGGUGCAUUUAAAGGAAGAGAACAGUCUUUCUUCUGGAUGGGAAGUGCUGGAAAAUAGUUGACAUCAGAUUUCUUAGAAGUCUCCUCUUAACAGUGAUUUUUUUGUGACUUUGUUUUGCAUGAUUGGCUCAAAUGUGUCUGGGGGGGGGGGGGGGAUACCAUUUGCUCUGUUUCCUGGCCCUUUGUUAAACUCUAAGGUGCUGUUUCAAGAAGACAAUGACUCUCCCUUUUUUCAGCCCAGAAUUGAAGCAUGGACUGUAAAA